AUGUCGCACGUGUUCCGUCGAUCGCUUCGAACCGCGCUCGCGCUGGCGUCGAGCGCGCGCGCGUACCCGUGGGCGCGAUGCGCGACGUCGCGAGCGCUGUCGACGAGCGCGAACGACGAGGAGAAGCGCGCGGAGAUUGAUGAUGACUCUGAGGCUGCGGCGCGGGACGCGUACAGCGCGAACCUGGCGAUGCGGGCGGCGCGCGCGCGGAAGAUGGGCACAAAGAUCGGAGAGGCGUCUUCGGAGCGCGUGAGCGCGACGAUGCGCGCGGACGGGACGGCGCCGAAGUUUUAUGAGGAGGUGAGCGUGCGGCGGGACGACGCGAGCGGGACGUGGCGGGUGACGCUGGACGAGCGACUGUUGCGAACGCCGAGAAGAAAUGAGUACACGUUCGGAACGAAGGCGCUGGCGGUGGCGAUCGCGAUGGAGUGGGACGCGCAGACGGAUCACGUGGCACCGUUUACGAUGCCGCUGACGCAGCUGAGCGCGACGGCUCUGGACCACAUGUGGGAGCGAGAGACGCGCGAGUUGCACGUCGAGACGCUGCUGAAACACUUUCGCACGGACGUGGUACGAGUGCGAUCGAUGGAUGAGGCGGUGGCAAAGCGACAGGUGGAGACGCACGCACCGAUUCUGAAGUGGGCGGAGAAAGAGUUUGGCGAGGUGGAGGUUUCGGAUUCCAUCUUCGGCCCAGAGACGAGUGAUAAGACCUUGGAGGUGCUCCGAAAGCGCUUGAACGCGAUGUGUCCGUGGGAACUGACGUGUGCAUUUGCGUUGAGCGCGGCGACGAAAUCGCUUUUGAUCGGUUUGAAGACGCUCAGGGGUGAGUUGUCGGUGGAUGAAGCCAUCGCGGCGGCGCGCGUCGAGGAAGAGACGCAAAUCGAAGAGUGGGGGUUAGUCGAGGGUGGGCACGAUUUGGAUCAAUUAGAUAUUCGGGUGAAAGUCGCGGCGCCAGUUAUGCUGAUGAAGCUGCGCGCCGAUAAUGGCGAAUGA